AUGGCUUACCCGCAGCUAGGAUACCCCUAUUCACCCACACACCAGUUCCUCAUGAGCACGAGCUCUUUGGCCAGCUGCUUCGAGCCUGGCGGAAGGUCUCUCCUGGACUCAGGUGUGACGCAUCCCUCUCCCCAGCCUCUUCGGUGCCCAGCGUACGAGAGCAGGCUGCUCGGCUCCCCGGGCCAGGAGAUACCAACCCCGGCUAUAGGUCUGGGUGUGUAUGGAGCUGGCUAUGGAAAGAGCCAAGGGUACUAUGGCACCUGCGGAGGCGACGCAACAGCUCUGUAUGCCAGGGGAAACUUGGAGUCCAAAGAUGGAGCGUCUGCACAUGUGGGGGCCUCUCAAACCCCUGCAUACUAUCCAUAUGAUUACGCAUUUGGGCAGUAUCCAUAUGACCGAUAUGGGUAUGGGUCAUCUGUGGACAGUGCCGCAGCACGGAGGAAGAACGCUACCAGGGAGACCACCAGCACUCUGAAGGCCUGGCUGCAGGAGCACCAGAAGAACCCGUAUCCCACCAAGGGAGAGAAGAUCAUGCUGGCCAUCAUCACUAAGAUGACACUUACACAGGUGUCCACGUGGUUUGCCAAUGCACGGCGGAGGUUGAAGAAGGAGAACAAAGUCACAUGGUCACCACGAGCCAAUAAAAGCUCUGAUGAGAGGGGCUGUGAAGAUGACAGUGAUGGUGUGGAGGGAUCGCAAGAGGAGGAGCCAAUCAAACGCGAGAUAGAUGUUGAUGACUCUGUAACGGGGAGGUGUGUGGACCUAAAACAGAGUGACCUGGAGGACUUUGAUCUGCUGGAGUCAGAUGGUUCUGACUUCGACCCUAAACACCCGUUUCACACCAAAGACACCCCAGUACACACACCACCGGACCAGCGCCACCAUCCCAAAGACCCUUCCAACAGCCCACUCACACAUACCCCAGACACACUCCGACACGGGAAUGAACGAUUGCCACAGUCAGCAGAUUGCCUCAAAAACACACCAGACCACGACCGAAAUACCAACUCAUUCUACACUCAACGGGACCUGCGAAGUACAGAGAGCAGCAAACCUAACAUCUGGUCCAUUGCACAAACUGCUGCUAUCCAACCUGAGUUCCCUCCUUGCAUGCACACAACCACCCCCAGCGAGGCCCUCUCCCCAGGGGGGUAUCUGACCGAAGUACCCAAACUGAAGGUGAGGUCGGCUGAGCAGCAGGACUCGCCAGUGGCUACUCUGAGAGAUUGGGUGGACGGGGUCUUCCACGACCCCCUGUUCAGACAGAGUUCCUUUAAACCUGUGCUGUCCAAGUCAGCCAUGGACAGGGUGUGGAUUGGGUUAAAUGGAUAGGCGAUGGAAGGCAGAACUCUGUUGAACAUGUUACCUCCUCUUUGCAGUAUGUAUCGACUUCCUUAGAGAGACAUACAGAGACUGCUAUCCUCUCACCAUUUGAAUGAACUCAACCUGAGCAGAAGGCUAUCUGAACUCCUUAUGAUACUACAUGCUUCCAUGCCUUUUUUUGUUUUAGAAAAAUGUCAAUACAUGAAUGCACAUAAACGGCAGUAUAAUGACGUUAUAAUGACAAACAUCAGAACAAUGACGUUUUGCAUAAAUAUCAAAUUCAGACUACUUUCACUUUAAAUGCAUUUUUAAAUGAGUGGAAAAAAGAGGGAUUCAAUCCCUUUGGACACUAAGAAAAGCAAAGUAGUAGCCUACCCAUUCUCCCAGUAAAAUGAUCCCCCACAUUCAACAGAUUAAAAAGUUCUGGAUUGUUGAAUCACUAAAACACACUGAUAAUAUGUUGUUUUAUGAUCUGGGAAGUGGGGACACAGAGUAUCCUAGUGGUGUACACCUUUUCCAGACCUCUUAUAAUAACCUGAAGCAUGACAGCACAAUGUUUCCUCUUAAACCAAGUAGUGCAUAAUAUACAGUAUGUUUUGCUUAUGAUCACAUCUGUUAGACGUAUUUCACACUUCUUGCACUAA